AGGAGAGAAAUGCCGAUAACCGGCAUUUCCCUGUUUACAUGUGAUCAGCUGUGAUUGGACACAGCUGAUCACAUGACCGAGCCGAAAUCUGCGGCUCUGUUGAUCGGUGAUCCGCUGUGUCUGAGGGACACAGUGCACCGCCGCUCGCCGCGCAUGCGCGGCCGCUGUGUUUGCAUGGGAGGGCGCGUUUUGGGAGGACAUCAUAUGACUUCCCCCAUCCUCUGGAACUCUCUACCCCAAUUUAUCAGACUA